AUGGCACGGAAACCAAGUCAUCAGAGGGUCACUUAUGUGCUCCCUCUGCCUGAUGCGCCGGGUGGUCACCGACUCGGAGUAAAUAGCUUGACCGUUGAUGAAGACAAUUCUAUCCUAUAUUCCGCUGGCCGCGAUGGAGUGAUCUGCUCAUGGGAUCUCAAUCUCCCCCUCUCCGCAUCCAAGGCCUCUCCAGCUCCAGGCACUCAAAAGUCAGGACCGACUACUUUCAGACAUCAAGUGCAAGCCCACAGCCAUUGGAUCAAUGACAUCGUCUUAACGCAGAAUAAUUCGGCCCUCGUUUCGGCUUCAUCCGAUACCACCGUGAGGCUCUGGCGACCACACUCGGAAUCCACCGAGCUGCCAUCACCCAUCGGCAAACAUGCAGAUUAUGUCAAGGCCCUUGCGACGCCCGGAGGUCACUCAAGUUGGGUGGCCUCGGGGGGACUCGAUCAUAAGCUUUACCUGUGGGAUCUGAAUGGUGGCGGCGAGGUUCUCAGCAUCGAUGCUUGCGGAGGCGAGAGCACGGCCAAGGGUUCUGUUUAUGCUCUGGGGGCAGUCUCGUCGGUCCUCGCCAGCGGCGGCCCAGAGAGCGUGGUCAGAGUCUGGGAUCCGAAAUCUGGAAAGCCGAUCACCAAAUUCGUGGGCCAUACAGACAACAUUCGAGACAUCUUGAUCACUCGCGACGGAGAUAGGAUCAUGACUGCCUCUUCGGAUCAAACGAUUAAGAUCUGGUCUCUCACAGCAGGAAGAUGCAUGCACACCCUGACGAUGCACAACGACAGCGUCUGGUCGCUCUACUCCAGUCAUCCACAGCUGUCGGUCUUCUAUUCGAGCGACCGUUCUGGCUUGGUUGCCAAGACAGAUACAAGGCACUGCUCGGACGUGGAUCAGGGCAUCUGUGUCGCAGCGUUGCAAGAAAACGACGGCGUCGUCAAUGUGGUCGCUGCCGGUGACUACAUCUGGACUGCCACCCCCAAGUCCAGUAUUAACCGCUGGUAUGAUAUUGAUACCACUGCUGAGAUUGAGUCUCCCUCGUCAAGGGGCCCCGCAGGCUCUCAAGCAGCCAAGCCCGAGGAGUCGUUGGCCCAGAAAGGUCGGCGGACAAAGAUACCAUAUGAGUCAAUUCUACUGCUGUCAAGCACAUCCACAUUCCCCAAGUCACGAGUCCCAGCAGGUACAUCCGAGGGCUUGCCGACGAACGGACAGCAGCGCUCACCCGAUCCGGACCUGGACGACGAUCUGGAUCUCAAUCUACCAGUGUACUCGCUACCCGAAGAGACGAUAGAGGGCCAACAUGGUCUGAUCAAGCAUUUCAUGUUGAGUGACAGAAAGCGCACGCUUACGCAAGAUUCCGCCGGUGAGGUCGUUCUUUGGGAUCUUUUGAAGUGCAAACCCAUACAAUCGUUCGGCAAGCGCCAUAUGGACGAUGUCGCGUCGGAGAUCAAUACUACAGAGAGCAUCGCUCACUGGUGCACGAUUGACAUUAGGACAGGUCGAUUAUCUGUCAUCCUGGAGCUCAAUCGCUGCUUUGACGCCGAGGUCUACGCGGACGAGGCCGACCUCCAUGAUUACUCACAGAUCCGGGAAGAUCAAAGAAUAAAUCUUGGGAAAUGGGUUCUCCGUUGGCUUUUUGCUCCCCUGGUGGAUGAAGAGAUCAAGCGAGAUGAGCAGUACCGUGCGUCAGCCAUUGCAAGGGCUGAAGAGUUGGCCAGGCAGACCAUGUCAAGUGUCACGGCACCGAUGGACAUUCCAUCAUCGAAUGCAAAGAAUCUAGGAAUACAGAUCCCAUAUGAUCCGUCUUCUCUCCACAUGCGCCCUGGAAAUGAAUCAUUUGGAAGCCCUACGACGCCCGGUUUCGGAAUUCAUCUUGCCACUACUCCAGGUUCGCUGACGUCUUCCAUGCUCAAUACUCACAACAAUCACUUCGGCACGUCGCCGGGUGAUUUCGGUGACCAUCUCGCAUCGCCUCAUGCCGAUGUAGUGAGGAAUUCCAUGUCUGACAAAUCCGAUUACUUCUCCUCCCCGAGACACCAAGGCUCAAAUGCGGUGGAUGCGACGACGCCGGGAGAUCCUACUCCAACCGCACUGCCUCAAUCGCCCGCCGAGCCUGAUAAAGAAGAGAGGAAGAGAACUGGAUCGAUCUUUGGGAAGAAAUUCCGGAUGGAAUUCCCCAAGAAGUUGGGCAGGACUUCCUCCGAGGUCAAGCCUCAGGUGCAGGAGGAGAAGGUGGAGGAACCGGAAGAACCCUCGGCAGUCAAAGAAGAGAAAGUUUUUGAUAGCAAUCUGAGCGGUUUCAUCGAGAAAAUCCGUCACGAAUAUGAUGAAUUUCUCGCGGCGAAUCCGGGGCAGGAGCUCGUGUCAGCCAUCACGCCAAGUCCUGAUAACGAGACCCCAAUGCUAGAUAUCCCACCUCGUACUGCCGUUUUCAUUCAGGAGGAAUCGGGAGAUACCGCUGUGGCCUCGGAUCUCUACAGAGGCAGUGUCGGUAGUAUCGGCCAGGAGAUUGACAGGCUUGAGAAGUCGAUACCCAUGUGGCUGGCCGAACUGCUUUUGAAGAACCAAGUACCUGUCAAGGAACCCGUCAAGAUCGCCUUUAUGCUGAAGCCUUAUGACGACCUGCUGCCGCCUGUAUCCAAGCCGGACCCGUCGGUUCCUAAUGGUAACGGUGUCAACAAUUCUCGUUUGAAUGCGAACCGGAUGCUGCGUGCGAAGAAGAUUCUCGCUUACGUGGCGGAAAGAAUUGACCCUUCAUACUCCGAAGACGCGCAGGAAGGCGCACUGAAGCCGGAAGAGUAUCUGGAGCUCUACUGCCAGAAGAUGCUCAUCCCGCCCAAUAUGACUCUGGCAACCAUCCGCGCUCACAUCUGGAGAUCGUCCGGCGACAUGAUUUUAUACUACAGAGCCAAUGGAAAGAAAGAGAUACCAAUGCCUGGGUCAGGCAGAGAAGGCGACCAAGGAAGCCAGUCGGCCGACGCAACGAAUACGCCACAUCUGUCGGAAACAGCUGGCAUGGCAAACGGGGAUGAAGAAAGUGCUCAGCCCAGCAGUGUCCAUUCUCAGACAGCGUCGGGAUCUGCUUCUGUGUCUAUCCAAAACUCGUGA